GGAUGGGGAUGGGGAUGCGCACGAUGGAGAGAGAGGAGAAGGUGCACGAGAAGAAAAGGAGGAGGAGGACAUUUGGAGGAGGGUGAAGUGGCCACUGGCAUGCGACGCCGAGCAGCAGCGGCAGCAACAAAUCCUUGUCCUGGAGGGACAGCCCUUGCGCCGCUGCUUCUUCCUCUGCUGCUGCUGCUGCUAGAGAACGACGAAGAAGCAGAACAGAACCAGAACCAGAACCGGAAGGGGAAGGCGAAGGUGAAGGGCAAGUCGCAGACCCCUUCCUCCAGAGAAGCGAAACCAGAAGUGCCAGAAGAGAAGAGGACAGGGGACGAGCUCCAGUGCCCACAAGAGGAAGAGGAAGAGCAAGAGCAAAGAGCAGCAGCAGGAGCAGUCAGAGGAGGAGAAGUGGAGCACGGAGAGCAGCUGCGGCCCACGAGCGUGCUUGACAGAGAGUCAGACGGACAGACAGGCACGAGCGGGCUUCCGACAAUAAUAACAACAGCGAGCGGGCGAGCGAGCGAGCGCAAAGGUGGAGGAGGACGAUUGGGAAGAUUUGGUCAGCAGGCGGCGAUCGGCGAGGAACAGGACGAGGCGGAUGUGAGACUGGAGGAGAGAGAGAGAGAGAGAGAGAGAGAGAGAGAGAGAUUGCGUGUGAAGUCGACGCGGGAGGAGCUCUGGUGGUGCUUUGAGGUAUUAUUGGGGACCCGUGCGAGAGAAUUUCGUGUGGCGGUUGAUUGGGAAGGUUGGGAUUGGAGUGAACUGGGACGGGCAGGAGGAAGAGAGGAAGAAGGGGGUGGGAAAUUGAGGUGGAUUGGGGAGGGGGCGAUGUUUCUGGAGAAGCAGUGGAUUGAUUGAAUCUGGGCACGAGAGCGAGAGCGAGAGAGAGGGAGCGAGAGGGAGGGAGAAAUUGCUUGUUUUGAGGCAGAGUGAGUAAAUUCGCGUGGCCGGAGGGGAGUCGAGUGUCGUGGGGUUUUUGAGGGCGCCACCCCCAGGGUGGGGUGGAGAUAGGCGGAGGACGGAGGCCAGAGGGCCGGAGGAAGGGCUAUCAGCACAAUGAAGGGUUUGUUCAAGAACAAGCCGCGGACUCCUGCUGAGCUGGUGCGUGUCACCAGGGACAUGCUUUCGACUCUGGACGCAAUGCCGCAGUCCCGCGUUGAUGCAAGGAAGGAAGAGAAGGUACUUCAGCUGCUGAACGACCUGAACAGGAACAUCAGAGACAUGAAGAAUAUCCUAUAUGGGAGCAGCGAAACGGAGCCAGUCCCUGAGACCUGUGCGCAGUUGACCAAUGAAAUAUUUAAGGACAACACUUUCCGAUUGCUGAUACAAUGUCUUCCCAAGUUGGAUCUGGAGGCACGCAAGGACAGUACACAAGUGGUGGCUAACUUGCAAAGACAACAGGUCCAAUCACGUCUUAUCGCUUGUGAUUACCUGGAAAAGAACAGGGAUUUAUUGGACAUCCUUGUGGCUGGAUAUAAGAAUCCAGAAAUUGCCUUGCAUUACGGAACAAUGCUUCGUGAGUGUAUUCGUCAUCAAAGUAUAGCUCGAUUUGUCUUGGAGUCUGGUAACGUCGAAAAGUUCUUUGUGUACGUUGAACUCCCAAAUUUCGACGUGGCAUCGGAUGCAUCUGCAACGUUCAAGGAACUUUUGACUAGACAUAAGUCAACCGUUGCAGACUACUUUGCCAGGAAUUUUGAAUGGUUUUUCGGCGAGUUCAAUAGAAGACUUCUGGAGUCCACGAAUUAUAUUACGAAGCGGCAGGCCGUGAAGCUUCUAGGCGACAUGUUACUAGAUCGAUCGAAUCUGCCCUCCAUGAUGAAAUACAUCAGCUCCAAAGAGAAUCUCAUUAUAUUAAUGAAUCUUCUUCGGGAUGAUAGUAAGAAUAUCCAGAUAGAAGCGUUCCACGUAUUCAAGGUUUUUGUUUCGAAUCCAUCUAAACCCCCCGAGAUCGUGAGCAUACUUCUCGCAAAUCGACACAAGUUGCUUAGAUUCUUAAACGACUUUAAAACGGAGAAAGAAGAUGAGCAGUUCGACUCAGACAAGGCUGCGGUGAUCUAUGCAAUCCAAAGUUUGGAUUCAAGACAGGAUAAACCUCCAUCAUGAGGCAAGCGGUCCACAUAUUACAUCUCAGAUAUGAGCCUUUUGAGAUGAAUAUUGUGGCAAGUAGUGCUUAUCUUGCCAAUGCUGUUAGUAAAUUUCAAGAUGUUCUAUGUACAUCUAGUGUUGGUUUUGUUUGUUGAAUAUUGAAAGCAAUUAGAUCCAGGUACUGGGACAAAUUGAGAUCCCAAUUGUUAUCCGCUAUACGAGUGACUAAAGAGAAGAGCGCAGGUCACUCACUUGUUCGUGGGGGACACUUUGACAAGUCACUCGCGAGGUGUAACGUCUUGCUUGCUGUGAGAGAAGUGACCAACCAUUUUUGGUCUAUGUUAGAGGCUAAGAGUUUUGUCCAUGGAUGAUAAGUGAAGUGAAUGAGGAGCUGGGAGAUGGUCAAAAUCCUCGAUAUUCCGUGUUUGUUCAUCCCGACUAUCUCGUAGUUUGGCCGUCUAUCAGAAGGUGAUUUGCUGCUUAACUGCAAGUGAGGUCGCUGCAGUCCGUUCUGGUUCUUACAGGUGCAUCCCAAAUCAGGUCCCUUUGGAUCGCCAAGUCUGACCAUCCACAGAAUAUCUGUUUCGGAGGUCUGAAUGAACUGCAGAGCAACGGCAAGAUGAUGAUGAUGAUGAUGAUGGGAACUGGGGCCCAUUGGGUUCAGUACUUCCUUCUCUGCUGAACUUCGUGUAUACAUCCGGCAAUGGCGCUUGGUGACGCCCUAGGCUUUCAUGUGGAGGUUCUGAAGCCCUUCAGUGGUUCAUCCGACUGGGACCUCUGCAGAGUCCCGUCAAGGCUCUCUGCUUUGGAUUGAGGAUUCCCAUACCACGGAUGCAGAGCACUUGUGAACUCAAUAUAUUGUCUGUGCGUCUUCCAAGGAAGAUCCAACAAAUACUGGAAGCUCGAUGGACAAAAGCGUUCCGGCGCGAAGUGUGCCUUGCCUCUACGCUUCAGGCACCUGAAACCUUCCUCAGUACUUUAUUGACUCGUUCAAGUCUUAUUUGCUGUCUUGCCAUUUUCGUUAAGAGCUUCUUAGUCCAAGUACAGAAACACAGACUGGGUUUCCAAAGAAGCCCGUGUACAAAUGCUCUAUUCCUUGUAAUGUUUGCUACGUCGUAGGUCAGACCUCGUGGACAUGCCUCUAACGAACUUUGUAAAUAGCAGAGUUUUCAUGUAAUUCAUCUCCUGCGAGGGGACUGUCUUUGCAAGCUGC